AUGAGCAGCAAUUUCCGUGACAGUGUCCGCAGUCAAAGUUCGGUACAACUUAUGGGCUUUAUCAAUGAAUGUGUGCAAGUGGAUGUACAGGAGACAACAGAGGAAGGGGAGCUGCGUAUUCGCGGCUAUGAGACGUUACUGGAAACGUGCACAGCCGUUCUGUCCUGUAUUCAAGUCUUACGUCGAAUCAUUCGAGAAUACGCUUAUGGACGAAUGGGGCGAGAAUUACAGCAUUUAUCACUUACAGUGGCAUCUUUUGAGAGAGUUUUGUAUACUUUUAUCAAGGAAGAGAUCAUCGUAGCAUCAAAGCAUUAUGCAAGUCAACCACCCGUGGACUUUCGUGCGAAAACAGCAUUAAAGGAUGUGAUACCAUUGAUUCCGACGGAUGAGAGGUAUACAAUACUAUUAGGUGGAGUUGCGUCACUCUUACGACACGCAACCAAGUCGUUGGAGGAGACGCGUCAAGUACUCGAGGAGCUGCAGUCUGGAUAUAAUCCGGAUCGAGAGAACCAAUGGUCUCAAACAUCUGUGAUCCUGUGUGUAACCUUUGUAUUCCUCUACAAAAGGUUUCGGAUCCGCAAGUCACUGAAGCAAUUUGUGAUGCAAGUUUUACCGACUAGACAGAUGAUCAAGUGGGGACUUUUGCUAUUGGUAGCAAUAGACUAUUGGAACCGAGCCAUGUAUCGAUUAUCCAACUUGCGGCGGAUUAAGGUGCACCACGCGCGAGUGUUGAUGGCGUUAAGACUAUUUCUGCUGUGUCAGCAUGUGUUGCAGCGUGCCCGGCCAAUCAGCAAUGCUUCCGACCAUCGACUACUGAUUGAUAAUCCUAUGGAGGCAGAUAUUGACGAUGAUCUGAAAAACGCUACGACGCUGCUGGUUGAGAAAGUCCCGCUGCCUGCUGAGUACUACGAUCGAUCCUCAGAGCCGUGGGGUUUCACAGCUUUUAAGAUUGGUACAAAUGUCCUAACUGCGUCAAGCGCCUUUGCGCACUCGAUUCUGGGUCUACAGAACAAGCUGCUGCUCAAAUUUCUCGGACCACCACUACUUGUAAUGGCUAUUCCGUACUAUAUGAUCCGCAACCACAAAGCAGCACGCUACACGACGCGUACGCUCAUCGACCAUCCUAACGUGGAUGUCAUUCGAAUGGGCUGGCAGGUGUUCGGCGAGUCUCGGCUUGUACGGCUCAUCACAAGCCUUCAGUGCCCCAAGAUUCCUGUGUUCGAAAAUCAGUUUCUGGCAGUAGACGGGUCUGCCCUCAAUAAGAAUCGCAUGGACACAUCUGAUAUCAGUGUUUACCUAUACAGUGCGCGGCCGAUGGAUUCCGUCAAGGCUGGGACAUGGACGAAUGCCUGUACCCCAUUGACGACGCGAAUGAUCGCUUGUGGCUUACCUUCGACUCGUCCUGUUCUUCUGUAUAUCCACGGUGGAGGUUUCUUCGGACGGUUCAUUGCAAAGGACUUUUAUAACUUAAUGAAUUGGGCUUGUGUGCUAGGUGCAGUCAUCGUCUACGUUGAUUAUGGCCUCGCUCCUGAGACCCAAUAUCCACACUCAAUGGAACAAUGCUACACUGUGUAUAAAUGGGUGCUUGAGGGUGGACUAGGCUUCCGAUCAGGCAAGAUUGCGCUAUUUGGUGAAAGUGCUGGUGCAAACAUGGGAGCCGCGCUUUGCAUCCGAUGCAUUCAAGAUGGUGUCGAUCUUCCAAGUGGAAACGUGUUUAUGUUUCCAGCUCUAAAUCUGCAUUUGUCUCCAUCACCGUCGCGUUUCAUUCACCAGAAUGACCCAGUGCUUCCGCGUGGCAUUCUUGAGCUGGCACUCACGUCCUACUACCCUUCGCACGGUCAUUCGAACCAGUACAAGCUCAAUAUCCACGACCCAUGUGUAUCACCGGGCUUGGCUGAAGACGCCCUAUUGGAAAAGUUCCCUCCAACAUCCCUUGUGGUCGGUGACCUGGACCCGUUACUGGAUGACAGUGUCGACUUUUACACGCGACUCGCGUUCUUGAAAGUGCCGUCGAGUUUAAAAAUUUACUCGGGCCUUUCACAUGGCUUCCUCAUCUACGGUGACUUAGUUCCAGAAGCGCAAAAGGCGAUUGAUGAGACGUGUGAGCGCGUGCAAAACUACAUUCGUCUGCGCUAA